GAAUACACUCCGAAUGGAUCGAUAUCGGUGACUUUGUCUUUCGGUAUUUAUUUACACGAAAAAGGAAGCUUCCUAGGAUGGAGAAGUCGGCAAGGCCACGGACAGCGCUCAACGAGUGUGUCAAGGUGGUGGUGCGGUGCCGGCCGCUCUCUGAGAAGGAAAGGAAUGAAAGCUACGAGGAGAUGCCGAAGGUUCGAAGUGAAAAGAAAUGGUACGAGCGACUGUCGGCGCCCACCAACAACGCCACAGAGAAACAAAAGUGUGAUCAUCCCUUGCAGGUAGUGCGCGUGUGGCCGGAGCGCGGCGCGGUGCAGGUGUGUAACCCAAAGGGGCAGGACAAGGUAUUCACGUACGACGCCGCCUACGACCACUCCGCCGACACCCAGACCAUCUACGACGAGAUGGUGCGUCCUUUGGUCGCGUCAGUGCUGGACGGAUUCAACGGAUGCGUGUUCGCGUACGGCCAAACCGGUACCGGCAAGACGCACACGAUGGAGGGCGGCGAGCGCGACCCCGGAGUGAUCCCGCGCGCCUUCCACCACAUCUUCCAGCACAUCGAGACUUCCGCCUCGUCCGACCUCACGCAUCUCGUCUCCUGCUCGUACGUCGAACUCUACCUCGAAGACGUUCGCGACCUGCUCUCGAAAGAAUGCAAGAAACUCACUAUUAGAGGCCAGGAGCUGAACGGCUUCUACAUCCCGGAGAUGACAUCGGUGGUGUGCAAGUCUGCGGCGGAGAUGGAGCGCGUGAUGCGGGCCGGCAACCGGCAGCGCGCGGCGGGCCGCACGGACAUGAACGAGCACUCCUCGCGCUCGCACGCCGUCUUCCUCGUCACCGUCGAGAGCGCGCACCGCGACACCAAUCGCAUACGCGUGGGCAAGCUGAAUCUGGUGGACCUGGCGGGCAGCGAGCGGCAGCGCAAGACGGGCGCGGGCGGCGAGCGACUGCGCGAAGCGGCGCGCAUCAACCAGGCGUUGUCCUCGCUGGGGAACGUCAUUUCCGCGCUCGCCGAGAACAGCCCGCACGUGCCUUACAGAGACUCGAAGCUCACGCGCAUCUUGCAGGACUCGCUAGGCGGCAACAGCAAGACCAUCAUGAUCGCCAACAUCGGUCCCGCCUCGUACAACUACGACGAAACAAUCACCACACUGCGCUACGCGCACCGCGCCAAGGCGAUAAAGAACAAGCCGGUGCGCAACGAGGACCCGAAGGACGCGAAGCUGCGCGAGUACCAGGCCGAGAUCGAGCGCCUGCGCGCGCUCAUCCAGCGGCGGAAGGCCGCGGCCUGCGAGAAGCCGCCGAGGCCCCGCAGGGAGCGGCCGCAGAGGGGUCGCCCGGCGCCGCUCGGCGACAACUCCGCGUCGGACGACAGCGCGGACGCGUCGAGCCUCGAGAGCGAGCACCUGAUCGCCGAGUCCAGCAUCGAGGCGGAGCGGCGGCAGACGGAGGAGCUGGAGGGGCAGAUCCGCAAGCUGGAGGAGCGCCUGGUGCAGGGCGGCGCGGGCGGCGGCAAGGAGCUCAUCAACAACCUCAACCGGAGCCAGCUGGAGCUGGAGCGGCGGCACCACGAGAUCGCCGAGCGCAAGAAGCGCGAGGUCGAGAUGCAGCAGAAGAUCGAGGUCGAGGAGGAGACCACGGCCAUCGUGACCAACACGUUCGCCACGCUGCAGCAGGAGGUGGACCACAAGACGCAGAGGCUGAAGCGCUGCCUGGCGAAGUACGCGGCGCUGCGCGAGGAGGCGGUGGAGCUGCGCGAGGCGCACGACGCGGAGCGGCGCGAGCUGGAGGCGCUGCAGGCGGCGCUCAUCGCCGAGCUGCGCCGGCGCCUGCUGGUGGCCGACUCCUUCGUGCCCGACGCCGGCCGGCCCACGGUGCUGCGCCUGCGCUACAACGACGACGCCGACGCCUGGGAGCCGCCCGAGCACGGCGGCGCCGAGCCGCUGGCCGCG